AUAGCAGAGAAGAAAGACAGACACAAGGCAUUGAACCUCUGCCACCAUGGGGAACUGGGCUGUGAAUGAGGGGCUCUCCAUCUUUGUCAUACUGGUAUGGCUGGGGUUGAACGUCUUCCUCUUUGUCUGGUACUACCAGGUUUAUGAUCUUCAAGAUAAGUACUUUUACACUCGAAAGCUUCUUGGGUCAGCACUGGCAUUGGCCAGGGCCCCUGCAGCCUGCCUGAAUUUCAACUGUAUGCUGAUUCUGCUGCCGGUCUGUCGAAAUCUGCUCUCCUUCCUCAGAGGUUCCAGUGCGUGCUGCUCAACAAGAAUUCGAAGACAACUAGACAGGAACCUCACCUUUCAUAAAAUGGUGGCGUGGAUGAUUGCCCUUCAUACUGCGAUCCACACCAUUGCACAUCUAUUUAAUGUGGAGUGGUGUGUAAAUGCCCGAGUCAACAAUUCUGAUCCUUACUCAAUAGCACUCUCUGACAUUGGAGAUAAGCCUGGUGAAACUUACCUCAAUUUUGCUCGAGAGAGAAUCAAGAACCCUGAAGGAGGCCUGUACGUGGCUGUGACUCGAUUGGCAGGCAUCACUGGAAUUGUUAUCACACUGUGCCUCAUAUUAAUUAUUACUUCCUCCACCAAAACCAUCCGGAGGUCUUACUUUGAAGUGUUUUGGUACACACACCAUCUUUUUGUGAUCUUCUUCAUUGGUCUUGCCAUCCAUGGAGCUGAGCGAAUUGUACGUGGGCAGACCCCAGAGAGUUUGCUGGAGCACGUACCAAAACACUGUUAUCAAAACAUCUCAGAUUGGGGAAAAAUAAAGGAAUGCCCAGUCCCGCAGUUCUAUGGAAAUCCUCCUAUGACUUGGAAAUGGAUAGUGGGUCCCAUGUUCCUAUAUCUCUGUGAGAGGUUGGUACGGUUUUGGCGAUCUCAACAGAAAGUGGUCAUCACCAAGGUGGUCACUCACCCCUUCAAAACAAUCGAGCUACAGAUGAAGAAGAAGGGAUUCAAGAUGGAGGUGGGACAGUACAUUUUUGUCAAGUGUCCCAAAGUAUCCAGACUGGAGUGGCACCCUUUUACACUGACCUCUGCCCCUGAGGAAGAUUUCUUUAGUAUCCAUAUCCGCAUUGUUGGGGACUGGACAGAGGGACUGUUCAAUGCUUGUGGCUGUGAUAAGCAGGAGUUUCAAGAUGCCUGGAAACUACCUAAGAUAGCGGUUGACGGACCCUUUGGCACAGCCAGUGAAGAUGUGUUCAGUUAUGAGGUGGUGAUGUUAGUGGGAGCAGGGAUUGGGGUCACGCCCUUCGCAUCCAUUCUCAAGUCAGUCUGGUACAAAUAUUGCAAUAAUGCCACCAAUCUGAGGCUCAAAAAGAUCUACUUCUACUGGCUAUGUCGGGACACACAUGCCUUUGAAUGGUUUGCAGACUUGCUGCAGCUGCUGGAGACCCAGAUGCAGGAAAGAAACAAUGCCGACUUCCUCAGCUAUAAUAUCUACCUCACCGGCUGGGAUGAAUCUCAGGCCAAUCACUUUGCUGUGCACCAUGACGAGGAGAAAGAUGUGAUCACGGGCCUUAAACAAAAGACUUUGUAUGGACGGCCCAACUGGGAUAAUGAGUUCAAGACGAUUGCAAGUCAACACCCAAAUACCAGAAUAGGAGUUUUCCUCUGUGGACCUGAAGCCUUGGCUGAAACCCUCAGUAAACAAAGCAUCUCCAACUCUGAGUCUGGCCCCCGGGGAGUACAUUUCAUUUUCAAUAAGGAAAACUUCUAAUUGGUCUCUUUCAUGAGGAAAUAAAUGUAGGUUAUGCUGCCCAAUGCGCAAAUAAUGCUAGUUGAUAAUGUAAGUCCCCCCUUUAAAAAAUGGAGAAAAAGAAACUAUAAUGUGAAGCUCUUCCCUGAAAGGAAUGUCAAAGGUUAUUUGAUAGUGAUCAUUUGCAUUUGUAUGGGGUGUUAUGGUUUUCAGAGCACUUUUACAAACAUUAUUUUAUUUUUUCCUCACAGUCAUGCCAGAGAAAGGUAGGGCAAAGAUUCCUGGACUCAGUUUUUAGGAUAAAAAAAUAAGGACUCAAAAUGUUAAGUAACUUCCUGAGGUUAUGAAGCUGAGAUGCAUCUAGGCCAUCUGACUCCAAGUUUGGUAGGGUUUCUAUAAUACCAGGUGCCUAGAAAUGGCUCAUAUAUUCCCCCAAAGAAGAAUCAAACUGGGGAGUAGCUAUCCAUAUUCCCUUUUGUGUCAUCUUUGUUCUCAUUAUUGUCAUAUUGAAGGACAUUUUCCAAACAGAAAGGAGAUAAUAUAUGCUGAGAGUGACUGAGCACGUAAUAGUGAGAGGAUUGACAUUUGAGCAUACUCCAGUUUACCAAUACAGCAUACUGUGUCAGAGAUUCUUCCUAUAAAAGAAUAUUAGACUAACUGGAAUUAAUGUAUUACCCAGCAUUUAUAAUUAUGCUUGGCAGGGAGUGGGUACUCAAUGAAAAUUUGUUGAAUAAAUGAAUGAAAAGACAUUUAGAACCAUCCAAUGCCAGGGUAGAAUUAAUUUAAAGCCUUAAACAGAAUUGUCCAAGAAAAUUACUUCUGUUACUCUUAUAAACCAAAGGAACCUGAUUUUCCUGAGGGUAGAGAACAGGCUUAAUGAUAGUAACAAAUAGGAUGACCUAGAGGUUCCCUUGCAUUCUUAUUUAAAGCAUGGAGGAAGGGGAGAUGGAGGCAGAAAACUCGCCUCCUUUCCUAACUCUGGUUGGCACUGCUAGUCCUGCUCUCUGUGCUAUGUAAGAAGUGCAAACUGAUUUGCUAGCUGAAAGGGUCUCCUCCAGCCAGCACUUGUGCAUUUGAUAUUAAGAAUUGUGACAAAUAUGUAUCUGAUAUGCCCAUUUGCUUUAAAUAGCAUCCACUCCUUAUUUUACUUAAAUACUCACACACACACACACACACACACACACACACACAAUGGAUUUUAUUAGUGUGACUAACAUUUUAUUGUUUUAUCAUCAUCAUCAUGAAAUUUAUAUCCUAGAAACUAAAAUCCCCAGCUUAUUGCGUAGGUGUUGAAUUCAUACCCAGUAGAAUGUUCUGAAUAUCAAAAGAAAGUCUCUAAAUCACUAUUAGUAUGGCCAGGAACAGAGUUUCUUCUUAUAACUGCUCUUAUUUCUGAGAACUAAAAACAAUUUUAUUGGCUCUACCUUCUGGAGCCACAGAUAUAAAGAAUUAUUCAACUUUAGUAAUAAGGAAGAAACAGAAGAAAGCAGGGAGAAACGCAGAAGGCUGGGUUAGGAGGAAAGGGGCCGAAAGGGGAAAAGAGAAUAGGAGAGUGAGAGAAAGCAAAAAAUGCAAAAGGGAAGGGUAGGGGAAGAGGAUCUCACUUGGUCAGUUUCUACCCCAGGUUUAUUAAAGUCUUGUAUGUGUUGAAUGUGAUUGAAGGAGGCAUAUACAUAUUCAUUUUAUUUUGAUUACUUAUGGUAUUGGACCUGAAAUUCUGGUCACAAAUUUUGAUGCUGAGUGUGCAUAUUCAGGGGAAUGGGAUGAACUAGUAAGAACUCAGUUGUUUCUUUGGGCUAUCAGGAUGACCAGGCCACUGCCAAGUCAGGCUUGCUGCUGGAAUGUCACCUCCCCAAAAUGUCCUAGGAAGGUUUCCACUUAGAAAACUUAAAGUCCAGCCUGUUCACACUGUAUCACAAGUAUCAGUUCAUUCAUUCAACAAAUUUUUAUUGUGCUACUACUAUGACUCUGGUUCUGUGUUCAUAGUAUCGGUUCUUGACACCAAAGUGUGAGCAAGAGUGGGGAACCACAAUUAUAAGGAGUCUGGCAAUCUUGUCCCUCACUAACCUGUGUGUCAUAAAUAAAACCAACUCUAUUUGUUGCUUUGAAAAUGUUUCUCCAGAGUUUUCUCCCUUUGACACCAACAUGGUUAACAAAAUGGAGAAAUUUGUCCUGUGUUAUCCUGGUUAUGAGAUGAAAAAUGAGUGUAAAAGUGCUUGUCAUUAUGACAGCUUCCUACUUCAUGCUUCUCCCACGCCACUAGCUCAGCUUUUUUAGCAUUUAGUAUUUGCAUUUAGUAUUUAGUAUUUAGUAACAGGUACUGAGGGAACAGCUAUGCAUUGUUUUAAUCUCAAGACUAUGAAGGCUUUUCUUAGUUCUCCUGCUUCUGCAAUAUUGCAUUUAUGAAAUUUCAAUACUUGUAGGUGUGGUAUGUAAAUAGUCUUGGAGGUCCCUGGGAGAAAAUUCUUAGGAAGAACUAUUAAAAUUGUGCUUCAACUAUUAAAA